AUGGCCGCGGUUGGGAUAGUGGCCCGUGACUCGCACGGUAUGGUCCUUGGGGGAAUGGCUAUGAAGAUUGACCCUCCCUUUAUGGCCGAAUCCACGGAAGUUGUUGCGUUCACUCAUGGUAUUCGAUUAGCUAUUGAGAAUGGGUGGAACAAUGUGACUAUGGAAGGUGACGCCAUCUCGGUUGUGUACAGGUUGUCUAAUCAGACCACGAACAAGACCCAUGACAUUUCUACAGUUGGAUUGUUGCUCAAUGAGACUCGAUCGCUUCUUGUUGACUAUCCUUCUUUCAAAGUGCACUAUGUUAGUAGGGAAGCGAAUAGAGUGGCCCACACACUAACUCAAUGGUAUCGAACCACAAUCCAAUCUGGUUUUUCUUGGAUGAACCUGAAUGUAUUAAACAACUUGUAA